AUGGCAGCUCGGUCGCCGCCGAGGCCGGUGCUGCUGCUCCUGCUCCUCGCCCUCCUCUGCUGCCACAUUGCGCUCUGCUCCUCCGCUCCGCCGGCCGCCAAGCCCAAGCCCAAGCUCUCCGGCGGCCGCAAGGAGCUCGUCUCCACCGAUGACGACGAGCCGGUCAAGCCGCCCAAGACCACCGCUGCUGCCGGCGUCAAGAAGAAGGUCUCCUCUGGCGCCAAGAAUCAGACCAAGGUUCUGAAAGGCACGAAACCGGAGGAGUCCACCUCGACGACGACCAAGGUCACCACCAAGAAGGCGACCGCUAAAGCGGAGUCGACCACGACCAAGAAGCCGACCGCUAAAGCGGGCGGCGAUGCGGCCACGACCAAGAAGCCGGCCACUAAAGCGGCCGGCGAUGCGGCCAAGCCCAAGGUCCCGAAGCUGGACAAGGCGGCGGCCACCGCCAAGCCCAAGAGCGCCGAUUCCGCCAAGUCCUCCAAGGCGGGCGCUGCCAAGCCGGUGAAAUCUGAGGGGGGCGCUCCCAAGGCCAAGAAGCCGUCCAAUUCGACGGCGGAUUCGGCCAAGUCGAGCAAGAAAGCGAAGGCCGUCGUCGCCGACGGGAAGGUGAAGGCGAAUUCGACCGUGAGCAGCGAGGAGGCGGCGGGGGUGGAGGAGGACGUGGUCUUCGCGGAGGAGGCGGAGGGGACGGAGGACCUCAUGUCCGAGUUCCGGGGCCUCCCGGCGCGGCUGCAUCAGACGCUCAUGCCGGACCUGGCGCGGCUGUCGUACACGUCCAAGGCGUACCUGUCGGCCGCCAAUGCGGGGAUCGCCGGCGGCGUGCGGCCGGUCCUGGGGGGGCGGUGGGGGGUGGCGGCGGCCUCCGCGGCGUCGGUGGCCCUGCUGCUGCUGCCCCUCUGCAUGCUCACCGCGCUGGUGCGGCGCAUGGGCCCGUACCUGCCGCUCCUCCACCGCGCGCUGCUGCUCUCGCAGGCCUACCUCGCCAUCUACUUCGGCACGCUCGCGCUCGCCGCCGCCGCCACGGGGCUGGAGCCGCUCCGCUUCUUCCACGCCGCCUCGCCCGCGGCCUACGCCUGGACGCAGGCCGCGCAGUCGCUCGGCUUCAUGGGCUACCUCGUGCUCCAGAUGGUGGACCUCGUCGCCGUCUUCUCCGGGGCCCCGCGCGCGAACUGGCGCGUGUACGCCGUCUACGCCGCCUGCUUCGUCAUCAUCUGCGCGUGCGCGCGAGCGGAGAAGAGGAAGAAGGCCUACCUCGCCGGCGCCGAGGAGUGGAAGAAGAGCUGA